CGGGAAGUCGCGCACGCGCUGUCUCGGCUCCUGGCUGCCGCGCCAGCACCUCUCCGUCGCGGGGAACAGGGCUGCCUUGGCCCCUCCACGCUGCCGUCUUUUCCGGCAGUUGGGGCGCUUCCUGUUGUCCUCACUUUCAACCGUUCCUUGGCCUCGACCCCAGAGCCCCUCGCGCGUCCCCUCUCCUCCUUUGGCUGGCUGGCUGCUGCCACUGGGACUUCAUCUGUCCGCACGUCGAGACCGCUGGCCGGGCGGGGAUCUGCAGCUGCCUGCUGCCCCCAGCCCCGCCUCCCCUGGGUCUCUGCAGCCAUGGCAAUGACAGGUUCAACACCUUGCUCUUCCAUGAGUAACCACACAAAGGAAAGGGUGACAAUGACUAAAGUGACACUGGAGAAUUUUUAUAGCAAUCUUAUCGCUCAACAUGAAGAACGAGAAAUGAGACAAAAGAAAUUAGAAAAAGUGAUGGAAGAAGAAGGCUUAAAAGAUGAGGAGAAACGGCUCAGGAGAUCAGCACAUGCUCAGAAGGAAACAGAGUUUCUUCGUUUGAAGAGGACAAGACUUGGCCUGGAAGAUUUUGAGUCCUUAAAAGUGAUAGGCAGAGGAGCAUUUGGUGAGGUACGGCUUGUUCAGAAGAAAGAUACAGGGCAUGUGUAUGCAAUGAAAAUACUCCGUAAAGCAGAUAUGCUUGAAAAAGAGCAGGUUGGCCACAUUCGUGCGGAGCGUGACAUUCUAGUGGAGGCAGACAGUUUGUGGGUUGUGAAAAUGUUCUAUAGUUUUCAGGAUAAGCUAAACCUCUACCUAAUCAUGGAGUUCCUGCCUGGAGGGGACAUGAUGACCCUAUUGAUGAAAAAAGACACUCUGACAGAAGAGGAGACUCAGUUUUAUAUAGCAGAAACAGUAUUAGCCAUAGACUCUAUUCACCAGCUUGGGUUCAUCCACAGAGACAUCAAACCAGACAACCUUCUCCUGGACAGCAAGGGCCAUGUGAAACUUUCUGACUUUGGCCUUUGCACAGGACUGAAGAAAGCACAUAGGACAGAAUUUUAUAGGAAUCUGAACCACAGCCUCCCUAGUGAUUUCACUUUCCAGAACAUGAAUUCCAAAAGGAAAGCAGAAACCUGGAAAAGAAAUAGACGCCAGCUAGCCUUCUCCACAGUAGGCACUCCCGACUACAUUGCUCCUGAGGUGUUCAUGCAGACCGGGUACAACAAGCUCUGUGAUUGGUGGUCGCUUGGGGUGAUCAUGUAUGAGAUGCUCAUUGGCUACCCACCCUUCUGUUCUGAGACCCCUCAAGAAACAUAUAAGAAGGUGAUGAACUGGAAAGAAACUUUGACUUUUCCUCCAGAAGUUCCCAUCUCUGAGAAAGCCAAGGAUCUAAUUUUGAGAUUUUGCUGUGAAUGGGAACAUAGAAUUGGAGCCCCUGGUGUUGAGGAAAUCAAAAGUAAUUCUUUUUUUGAAGGCGUUGACUGGGAACAUAUCAGAGAGAGACCUGCUGCAAUAUCUAUUGAAAUCAAAAGCAUUGAUGAUACCUCAAACUUCGAUGAGUUUCCAGAAUCUGAUAUUCUUAAGCCAACAGUGGCCACAAGCAAUCACCCUGAGACUGACUACAAGAACAAAGAUUGGGUCUUCAUCAAUUACACGUACAAGCGCUUUGAGGGCCUGACAGCGCGGGGGGCAAUACCUUCCUAUAUGAAGGCAGCAAAAUAGUACUCUUGUCUUGGAAUCCUAAAUCAAGCAGAGUUCUUUAUAUACAACGUCACAUAAUCUCUUUAUAAAGAGCUUCCAAGAAGUUUUAUGGAACCCACGAUAUGUCAUGUAGAGUCUCCUGAAAUGUGAUAGUAAAUGGAUUCUUUUCCAUGAUGCAUCUGAAAACUUACGGAACAAAUACAACUAUUUCUACUACAUCAGCCAUAAACAGCUUCUUUAGAAGCAGCAUGAGCCAAUUUGAUAUGUAUUUUUAAAAACUUGAGUUUUCCUAAGUUCAUGAGAAUGAAGGGGAAAAAAACAGCCAUCAUCCAACAUUAUUGAGAUUGUAACAUACACUCAUCAAGUAUCAGCCAAUUCUUGUGGUUUUGUGACAUGCUAUCUGCCAAGCCCACCAAGUAUUUCUUUCUUUUUUGUGGCUAAAAGUCCCACAGUACUAAGGAAAUAAAGCAAUAAUGAAAGUCUCAGCAGCCAGCACUCUGGCUGAAGGAAUUGAUCCACCCUCCUCUUAGGAGGUGGUGACAGUAGUUCUCCCUAUACCUCGGUGUCUCUUUUUAUAGCCUUCAUUCAUGGUGCACUUUAUUUAUGGUACUAGGAUAAAGAUCCUCAAUCCAUUGAUUUAUUUCUGCCCUUCCCCCCUUUAAAAUUCUCAUGCUGCUUUUCUGAGUGUUGAUGGGAUACCAUCUUGAUCCAUUGUUGCUCUAGAAGGCCCAGAAAGCCAUUGGGCAUUGCCAAGGAAUCCUGGAUCAUGUGGAAAACCCUUAACUCACUUCAUGGCUGUAUCAAAAUCCCCCUAAGGCAGAUGUUGCCACAGACCAGCAAUACUCGCGAAUGCUGCCAACAGGAACUCAGUUUAUUCCUGGGAACACAUCAAGGAAAGCCCAGGCAGAGGCGGGAGGCCUGGAACAUUCUUGGCCAAGGUGCUGCUCCUGCUCCUGCAAGAUCUCCUUGGAAGUGGUGAAGGAACCAGUCCAGUAGAAAGUACAGAGUAAGCCUACAAGUCCUUGGAAAGUUCACUCCUCAGUCCUUUGUACAACUGUGUCUUGUCUUCUCUUUUGGUAUUUCUCCUCUCCCAAGUUUAAGUAACCAUUUUGCCUUGGAAUCAUGAUUGAAGGUUUUUUCCUUUGCAGAUGCCUUCCUGGGGGAGACUCCUUCCCCACUCUAAAGGGUUGCCUGCAACUUGGGCCAGCUGAGCCUCUCUGCUGUGGCAUUCUCUCAUGAGAGACCCUCUGAAUUUUAGCACAAAGUGCCUUCUCUUUCACAGCUGCCACCACCUCUAGAGAAAUUUUGCUGUAUCAGAAAAACAUGGAGGCUCCGUAUUAAUGCAUUAUUACUUUUUUUUUUUUUUAAAUUUUGAUAACUCUUAAAGCAUCAUUUGCACCUGUGUGGUAACUUUGCCUGUUGCAGAGUUAUGGCCAAGCUACAGCUGGGAGACUGCCUUCUGCCAGUCUGGAAGUUAAGAUCAAAGGAAAGUAUAUCCUAGCUUAGCCAUUCAGAAAAGCAAAAUGGAUUAUCAGAGUUAGUCUUUUGAAACUGCUUUGGGUUUUAAUGUCUUAGGGAAAGAAAAAAGAAGAAUGUUAGGGAAGUCUCAACUCUGGAUGAAGGUAAUGUGUUUGCCCCUUAAUCUUGCAUUCAUAGUGUUAGUGAAAAGGAAGUAAAUGGGAUUCUUUUGUAUAACUUUAUAGACUUUUUGUAUUACCAAAUAGUUGGGGUCUUGGUCACCAUGUUUUUCAAGAGGGUAUGGGGAAUCCAGGUAGAGAGAAGUGACAGGGGUGGUGGUAGAGCCUGUGUGCUGAGGAAUGGCAGGGGGUGAUUCAUUUUAGGAGGAAAUGUCCAUGUUUUAACUUGUAAACUUCUAAAUAAACUGUGUGAGAACAGUC